AUUGCAGAGAGAGAGGAGAGAGAGCAAUAGAGAGAGAGAUAUGGUUUCAACAUUCUUUGUCAGUGAAACAAAAAAGAGGACCCCGGUAACAGCCUCUGUUUCUGCAGUAGGUUACGUCCCACCACAUCAUCGCCCCCUCAACACUGGACAUCCUUCCAAAGUCCCGCCCAAUUCCUCCAUACGCCACGUGUUCUUCGACUAACUGAAUUCUUCCACGUCUCGCGCAAGCUCGCGAACAGUCACUCUGUAACCGCCGUUUCGGCCAACACAUGGCGGCCAUAGAAGGAGUCGGUGUCCCCCGCUCACUAUGGCUUUUGUAUUUAAUCCACUUUGGAGCAGCCGCGGUUUCUAGGGUGGGUUUGUGGAGAAAUUUUCCGGGGAAGAGGAGGAAAGUGUAUGAAUUGUUAUGGUGAGUGGUAGAGAGGGAGUGGUUACUUUGACCCUGAGAUGGACUCGGUAGAGACGAUUAAGCCUAGGGUGGAUCCUCAGCUGGGGGCAGAUGCAUAUGUGAAGAAGAGACGUACAGGAAUCAAAGAAGAGGCCUCUUUCAGGUCUUCAAAGGGUGUCGAAGAAGAGUCCAAAAUGGAUGACGGUGCCGUGAAACUGAAUUCGGAGCUUUCGACGUCGGGUUCUUCCGCGCCGGAGUCAUCCGCGUCGCAGAGCGGUGGGGCAUCGGAUGGAGAAGUGGUCUCUGAGAGUGAGGAGCAGGGAGGAAAGGAAGGAGAGAAGUGUGUCUCGACGUGUGUCCCACAUGGAUCAAUGUCGGUGAUUGGGCGGAGGAGGGCCAUGGAAGACGCCCUGACGGUGGCACCGGGAGAGUUCGACUCGUACGAUUUCUACGCUGUGUACGACGGUCACGGCGGGGCUAAGGUGGCGUACGCGUGUCGUGAUCGUCUGCACAGGUUACUCGCGAAAGAGAUCGAGGAUGCGAUAAAUGGCGAAGGACGAAUAGAUUGGGAGAACGUGAUGGUGGCGAGCUUUUCAAAGAUGGAUGAAGAGAUUAAUGGCGAAGCCAGUCAGGUGGAAGACAGGUCCACUUCUUCCUUGCUCAGGUCGAUGGGGUCGACGGCGGUGGUGGUGGUGGUUGGCCCCGAGAAGCUUGUGGUGGCUAAUUGCGGCGAUUCUAGAGCCGUUCUCUGCCGCCGCGGCGUUGCCGUCCCACUGUCUCGUGAUCAUAAGCCUGACAGGCCUGAUGAAAGGGAGAGAGUGGAAGCAGCAGGAGGGAAAGUGAUAAAUUGGAAUGGUUUUCGUAUUCUAGGAGUGCUUUCUACCUCACGAUCAAUAGGGGAUUACUUUCUGAAGCCAUAUGUGACCCCCAAACCAGAGGUCACAGUUUGGGAGCGAGAAGAGUUUGAUGACUUCAUUGUAAUAGCAAGCGAUGGUUUAUGGGAUGUUAUUACAAAUGAGCUUGCCUGCAAGAUUGUGAGGAAAUGCUUUGACGGCCAAAUUAGGAGGAGAGUCUCGGAGGGAAUGAGUAGAAGUUGUGCAGCAAAGGCUGCAGCAAUGCUAACUGAACUGGCAAUGGCUCAAGGAAGCAAAGACAAUAUCAGCGUAGUGGUGGUGGAGCUUAAGAAACAUUUGUGCCAAUGGGGCCUCAAGCUGAAGAAUCCAAACAGCCCAAGCCAUUGAUCUUUUUGUGACGUUGUAGUUGAGCUUAAGAAACGUUAUGCUUUGGGGGCCUUUAAAGCUAUAAUAAGAAGCCAAACAAGCCCAAGCCCUUUAUUUUUUUGUCUAAUGGGCCUUUCUUUCUUUCCCGUUUUGAGAUUGUAGUUGGAGAGUAGAUGAGUGAGGCCAUAGUGACAUUCUAUCCAGAUAUUGUGGUGGGUGGUGGCCAAUUACUUGUCUACGGUGUAACAUUGAACUGGAGUUUUCAAGGCACGGUCAUUUCUUCUAA